GCGGAGACAAAGCGGUGGCCGUGGCGGUGGCGGCGACAGCGGCGGAGCAGUCCUAAGCUCAGAACUCGCGACGCUGUGUCCUGUCAUCAUCUUCUUAUACAGCGCGGCGCGCGGGCGGCCGGGCUGGUGGCGGCGGCGGCGGUGGCAGCGGCAGCAGCAGCACAUGGUUCCAAGCGCGCGCUGCGGUUGUUGGGUUCCAAUUCCGUGGGGAGGGACAAAGGCAGCUGCGAGCGCCCGGCAACGCCCGGUCGGAUUUUUCGCUCGCCACUGCCCUCUAUCUCGGCUUUAAGUCUGAACUGAUUCCUCUUCGUGAGGAGGAGGCCACGGGACCAAGGCCCGGGAAGGUCCUGAGAGGCUGAGGCCGCCUUCUGAAGGAAGUGGGGGAGGGGCGCGGUCCGCCUGUGGUGAUUUGGGCGGGUCGACUCUGAGGCGAUUUAGUGGGCUAGUGUGAGGUAAUUUUGCCCAGGACCCUGAAAAAACUGGGGCGAGAUUACAAAGUGGGUUUGGUCCGGGCUUUGAAAAAAAGUCUGUCAGCGCUUAAGAGGCCUUUCAGUUGGGAGGUGGUGAAGCACUCCGUCGACGUCGUGUUUGCCGUUCUAGGGCCCUUUUGAGGAUCCUGAGAUCACUGGUGGUGAAGAGAUGGGUGAUUGUCAGAUUUUAUGACAGAAGUUGGUAAAUUUCCGGAUUAGUGAAUUUCUAGAUUGUCAGUUGCCUGAUUCUAGGAAAUUUAGGGGAACAACACCGGCAACAAAAAGGCUCAACAUGAAGAUGAAGUAAUAAACCGCCAACCCCAAGACCAUCUGUCUACUUCAGGACCACCUACAUUCAUCGGAACUGAAGUACCGCUAUUUAACGCUAAAAACUCCUUAGGACUACAGAUUUAUGACGUAGUUCUUUCCAAAAUAUUACAUCAUAGUCGUUGAGAAGAUUAAAAAAAAAUUUUAAAGAAGAGAUCAUUGUAGGUUUAGACAUCUCUUUAAGUAUAUUUUGGAUAGCUACUAGAUAAUUUCAUUUAACUGUCUUUAAGGAGGACAGACUUACCAAACCUUUACUGGAAGGAAUCCUGGAAAAUCUAUUUCAUUGUAAGGUUUGACUUUACAGUCAGUGGGUAAAGGACUGGAGACCUCACUGCAGUCAUGGCUUUCACAAAUUAUAGCAGUCUGAAUCGAGCUCAGCUAACUUUUGAAUAUCUGCACACAAAUUCAACUACUCAUGAAUUCUUGUUUGGUGCUCUUGCUGAACUGGUUGAUAAUGCAAGAGAUGCUGAUGCCACCAGAAUAGAUAUUUAUGCAGAAAGGAGAGAGGACCUUCGAGGAGGAUUCAUGCUUUGCUUUUUGGAUGAUGGAGCGGGAAUGGAUCCGAGUGAUGCUGCCAGUGUGAUCCAGUUUGGGAAAUCGGCUAAGCGAACACCAGAGUCCACCCAGAUUGGGCAGUACGGGAAUGGGUUAAAAUCGGGCUCAAUGCGCAUUGGGAAGGAUUUUAUCCUCUUCACCAAGAAGGAAGACACCAUGACCUGCCUCUUCCUGUCUCGUACCUUUCAUGAGGAGGAAGGCAUUGAUGAAGUGAUUGUCCCGUUGCCCACCUGGAAUGCCCAGACCCGUGAGCCUGUCACAGACAACGUGGAGAAGUUUGCUAUUGAGACAGAACUCAUCUACAAGUACUCUCCCUUCCGCAAUGAGGAGGACGUAAUGGCCCAGUUCAUGAAGAUUCCUGGGGGCAGUGGAACGCUGGUGAUCAUCUUUAAUCUCAAACUCAUGGAUAAUGGAGAGCCGGAGCUAGAUAUAAUCUCAAAUCCAAGAGACAUCCAGAUGGCAGAGACCUCCCCAGAGGGCACGAAGCCAGAGCGGCGCUCAUUCCGCGCCUACGCUGCCGUGCUGUAUAUUGACCCCCGGAUGAGGAUCUUCAUUCAUGGGCACAAGGUGCAGACCAAGAGGCUCUCCUGCUGCCUGUACAAGCCCAGGAUGUACAAGUACACAUCAAGCCGAUUCAAGACCCGUGCGGAGCAGGAGGUGAAGAAAGCGGAGCAUGUGGCACGGAUCGCUGAAGACAAGGCGAGAGAGGCGGAGACCAAAGCUCGGACUUUAGAACUACGUUUAGGUGGAGACCUCACACGGGACUCCAGGGUGAUGUUGCGGCAGGUGCAGAACAUGGCCAUCACUCUGCGAAGAGAGGCUGAUGUCAAGAAGCGGAUCAAGGAGGCCAAGCAGCGCGCACUUAAAGAACCCAAGGAACUGAAUUUCAUUUUUGGGGUCAAUAUUGAACACCGGGACUUGGAUGGCAUGUUUAUCUACAACUGUAGCCGCCUGAUCAAGAUGUACGAGAAAGUGGGCCCACAGCUGGAAGGGGGCAUGGCAUGUGGCGGGGUUGUUGGGGUUGUUGAUGUGCCCUACCUGGUCCUGGAGCCUACACACAACAAGCAAGAUUUUGCUGACGCCAAGGAGUACCGACACUUGCUGCGGGCGAUGGGGGAGCACCUGGCACAGUACUGGAAGGACAUUGCCAUUGCCCAGCGGGGAAUCAUCAAGUUCUGGGAUGAGUUUGGCUACCUCUCUGCCAACUGGAAUCAGCCCCCAUCCAAUGAGCUGCGUUACAAACGCCGGAGAGCUAUGGAAAUCCCAACCACCAUCCAGUGCGAUUUGUGUCUGAAGUGGCGGACUCUACCCUUCCAGCUGAGUUCUGUGGAAAAAGAUUAUCCUGACACCUGGGUUUGCUCCAUGAACCCUGAUCCUGAGCAAGACCAGUGUGAGGCUUCUGAACAGAAGCAGAAGGUCCCCUUGGGAACAUUCAGAAAGGACCUGAAGACACAGGAAGAGAAGCAGAAGCAGCUGACGGAGAAAAUUCGCCAGCAGCAGGAAAAGCUGGAGGCCCUUCAGAAAACCACACCCAUCCGCUCCCAAGCUGACCUGAAGAAAUUACCCUUGGAAGUGACCACCAGACCUGCCCCUGAGGAACCUGCACGUAGACCACAGCGUCCUCGGUCACCCCCUUUACCUGCUGUGAUCAAGAACGCCCCAAGCAGACCACCUCCCCUGCCAGCUCUCAGGCCAACCACCCAGCUGCGGAGGGCUCCUGUCGUCAGCAGUGCCCUGAAGCCUCCUGCUCUGGCAGCCGGGGAGGAGGCCAGUACGUCCAGGCUGCUGCCAUCACCCGAGGUCCCCCGAAAGCCUGCUAACACUCCAGUCAGGGCUGUGCCUCGGCCCACCCCUUUGUUGCAGCUGCCAUCACCAUCUCUGCCGAACUCUAAGAUCCUUCGGGAGACCUCUGUCCCCAGAGCCGUUAAGACUCCGGUGGUCAAGAAGCCAGAGCCACCCACUAAACUCUCUCCGGCUACCCCUGGCCGGAAGCGCAGUUUUGGGGUCUCUGACGAGGAGGAGGCUGAGGAAGAGGCUGAGAGAAGGAAGGAGAGGUCCAAGCGGGGAAAGUUGGCUGUGAAGGAGGAAAAGAAGGAAUCAAAUGAGCUCUCAGACAGUGCUGGGGAAGAGGACCCAGCUGACCUCAAGAGGGCUCAGAAAGAUAAAGGGUUGCAUGUGGAGGUCCGUGUGAACAGGGAGUGGUACACAGGCCGUGUCACAGCUGUGGAGGUGGGCAAGCACGUGGUGCGGUGGAAGGUGAAGUUUGACUACGUGCCCACAGACACAACACCCAGAGACCGCUGGGUGGAGAAAGGCAGCGAGGACGUGCGGCUCAUGAAGCCCCCAUCACCAGAGUAUCAGAGCCCCGACACACAGCAGGAGGGUGGUGAGGAGGAAGAGGUGGUGGCAGUGGCCCCACAGGCUGUAGCCAUGGUGGAGCCCUCCACUUCUGACUGUAUCCCCAUCGAGCCAGACACCACCGCCCCUAGCACCAACCACGAGACCAUCGACCUGCUCGUCCAGAUCCUCCGGAAUUGUUUACGCUAUUUCCUGCCUCCAAGUUUCCCCAUCUCCAAGAAGGAGCUGAGUUCUAUGAAUUCAGAUGAGCUAAUAUCAUUUCCUCUGAAAGAGUACUUCAAGCAGUAUGAAGUGGGGCUCCAGAAUCUGUGCCACUCCUACCAGAGCCGUGCUGACUCAAGGGCCAAGGCCUCCGAGGAGAGCCUGCGCAACUCGGAGAGGAAGCUUCGUGAAACAGAGGAGAAGCUGCAGAAGCUGAGGACCAACAUCGUGGCACUCCUGCAGAAGGACAUAGAUAUCAACACCGAUGACGAGCUGGAUGCCUACAUCGAGGACCUCAUCACCAAGGGUGACUAAGGGGCAAGGCAUCAGCCCUUGCCCCACCUGCCCCUAGAGGCAGCACCUCCAGGGGGUAGUGUUUUGUUCAUGGGUUGGUGGACUUACCUUGGUUUGACUCACAUGGGACAUUUGUGCUUUUGCAGAGAAAGAUACUCUCGUUCUUCGAAUCUGCCUCCCUAAGUUUAUAAAUAUUUAUUUUUUAAAAGAAACAAGAUGUUGUGCCUGCUACGAGACCAUACAUUUUGUUGUGACUGUUGGGCAAAGGAGAGAGAACCUUUCCGCUUUGGCCACACCAGGAUGCCAAGCCUGAGAUGCUUCUCUCAGCUCCUGGCCCCUCAAGAUAGUGGCAGUCCAGGGCCAUGCUGAAGCUAGAGGCUCUGGGACAUGCUGGUUUCUGUCCUAGAGAAUGAGCAGUUGGGAUCUGAGGGAUGGGGGAUGGAGAGAGCCCCCAGAUUCCAGGAGACCCACAAGAGGCUAUUUGUCAGGAAGAGGUUUGGUAUUACAGGGCUCUCCCUCUCACAGGUUCCUGCCCUUCUCAGGGAUGUCAGAGUCCCAUCUGGGCUGUGGCAUUGUCCAAACCAGCUCGGGGAAGAAAGAUCCUCCCCUUUCCACCACUCAAGUUCUCUCUGAAGCAGUGAUUUCCUGGUUUAACUCUGUACAGUGAGGUUCCCCACCUCAGUAAGAAUCCGGGUUGAGUAGAUACAUCUGGCUCUGGUCUGAUCUCUGACCUGGGUAGCACACCAAAUGUUUGAAUUCCAAAGGAUUCCUUUUAGGAAGGGGCCCCUGGUGCUAAGGUUGUGGAGGCCUCGUCUGUG